AGGCCCGGCGCGGCAGGAGGCGGGUUUCCCCGCCGCACCUGGAUUCAGCGCCGAGCACCGAGGCACAGCACGGAGCACCGAGAGCCAGCCGGCCCGGAGCAUGGCGCGGGAGCUGAGCCAGGAGGCUGUGCUGGACUUUCUCUGGGCGGCCGGGGGGCGAGCCCCCAACUCGGCGCUGCUCCGCCACUUCCAGCGCUUCCUUCGCGACCCGGCGCUGACGGAGCAGCAGCGGCGGGAGCGCCGCGAGUAUUUCAAGAGCCUUGUCAACUCCCUGGCCACCGUCCACCCCGCCGCCGCCCCCGGCGCCUCCAAGGACAUCGUCCUCCGCCGCAGGUACCGCGACCUCCUCGAUGAGGAGCUGCCGCCGCCGGAGGAACAGCGGGAGGAGGCAAAGAAGGAGCCGGAGCCGCCGCCGCCCCGACGCGACCCCGACGGGCGGCGCGGCCCCCGAGGGGAGGCGGCGGAGCAGGGGCGGCCCUGCGGGGGGCAGCCCCCGAGGAGUGCCGCCGUGUCGGGGGGCUGCUCCGCCCGGGGCCGCGGCGGUCCCUGCUGCGAGUGCCGCCGGGCGCGCCGCGCUGCUGCCGCCGCCGCCGUCCCCCCGCCGGGGCCCCGGGCACCGCCCCCCGCCGGGCUGCCCCGCUCCCUCUCCCCGCCGCCCCCCAGGCAGCCGCCCCCGUACCGGACCCAGCCGCUGUCCUCGGGGCCCUGGGCGCUCCGCCCCGGCGGCACUCCGCGCUCCCGGCCCCCGCUGCUGCCCUCGGCUCCUGGAGCGCUGGCCCCCCCUGUGCCGCCCCGGCCCCCAUCGCCGCCGCUGCCUGCCGCCGGGCCGCCCUCUGCCACAUCGUCCCGCUCCCGGUCCCCACCGCUGCCGUCGGGCCCGGGGGUGCCUCAGCCCCGGUCGUCGCCGCAGCCCCCGACCGGGAUGCCCCUACUGAAGGCCCCAGCGCCCACAGCAAACCUGAGGGGGCCACCUCCCACCGGACCCUCCCAGUCCCCGCAGGUGUCAUCGGGCCCCAGGGCGCUGUCCCCCACCGAGCUGCCCCCAUCGCGGUCCCUGCCGUUGCUGUCCGCCCCGGGGGUGCUGCCCCUGUCCCGGUCCCUGCAGGCACUCCCUGCCAGCCCCUCCUCAUCCUCACUUUUAUCAAGCUCAGAGGUGCUCCCUUCCACCAGGCUGCCCCCAUCACAGUCCAGGUCCCUGCAGCAGCUCCCCACCAGGCCAUCCCCAGCCCUGCCGAGGGGAUCCAGGGGGCUGACCCCAAACGGACCAACCCAACCUCAAGUCCUGCUGCUGUACCCACGCCAAACCCUCACACUGCCGUCAGGUCCUGGGGUCCUACCCCCUAUCAAGCCACCCCCAUCCCAAUCCCUGCCAUACUCCCCCACUCAGCCAGCUCCAUCCCACUCCCUGCAGCCACCCUCUUCCAGGCCACCUCCGUCCCAGCCCUUGCAGCCAGCACAGGGCCCCGUAGCGCCCCAAGCCCCAGAGAGCUGUCCCCCAGCACCGCUGCCUGUCUUCAGGAGCAUCAGGUGCCAGCUCGCUUUGUCGGAGGUGCAGCCCCCAUCGCUGCCCGAGGACUGUGGGCGGCAGCCCCGCACCACGCUCUCCAAGAGCUCCUCUAGAAAUGCCCUAAGCCGGGGGCCAUCGGUGCCACUGGGACAGCGGGAGCACGCCUGGCUAGUGGCGAUGUCAGCGGGGUGCUGGGCACGCGUGCGGGGGCUGUUUCUGGAAGAGCCGGAGCUGGCCCUGCUGCGGGACUUCAUGUCAGGCUUCACGGUGCUCCACUGGCUGGCCAAGCACGGCGACGGGCCCGGCCUGCAGGAGCUGGCGGCGGCGGCGCGGCAGGCGGGGCUGGCCCUGGACGUGGACGCCCGCUCGGGCUGCGGGUACACGCCGCUGCACUUGGCUGCCAUACACGGCCACCAGCUUGUCAUCAAGGUGCUGGUGCUGCAGCUCGGCUGCCAGGUGCAGGUGCGGGACAGCAGCGGGCGCCGGCCCUGGGAGUACCUGCGUGGCUCCACCUCGGGGGAGAUCUGGCAGCUCCUGGAGGCACCCCGUGGUAUAAUUAUGUUCCCCACGCAGCCCCUGGCCCGCAGCGUGUCCUCUGUCAGCAAGGUCUCGCUGUCCACUGGCAGGGCAGCGCUGCCCUCCUGCCUCAAGGUGCAGCAUGGCCGUGGGGCAGCAUCCCACCGAUCCAGCAGCGAGAGUGACUGACGGACGGCUCCCUGGCAUCCCCUGCCAGUGGAGACGGGACCUUGGGGGCCAUCCUGCGGGAGGAAGCCACGCAGGCAGAACUAAGCUGUGAAACAGACUGAACCUAUUGCAGAAUGUACUUUUAAAUUAUUCCAAUGAAUUGUUGUCUAAGCCUCUCUGCCCUCCCUCCCCUUUCUUGCUUUUCUACCCGUGAGAGGAUGCAGUGACUCUGCUGGAAGCUGGCAGAACCCUUGGGAAUCAAGUCCUCUGCUGCCCACAGGGCUGGCACCAGCUGCUGGGUGCAGCCACGGUCACCAGUUAGUGGGACCAUGGGUCUGGGGUGAAGCUCAAGCCUGGCCCCAAGCAGGGUGGAGCACUUGCUUUUGCUGACAGUGACAGAUUGUUGUUGGUCCUGGUGUUUGCAAAACACUUGUUUACACCACCUAAAUUCUGGAGAGUUGUAAAACUGCAUCCCUUUUUAAUCCCAGCAGAUUAAGGAUGAGUCCCGCUUUUAAAAAUGCAGCUGAUCAAGAUCCAGCCUUCCAGCAAGAGUCCUCAGAGAGCCACUGGCUGGGGCAGAGGGUGGCAGUGGGAGAGCCUGGAGCAGGGAAAGGUGUUUCCCAGGCCACCUUGCCCACCUGCCCAUGCCCAAAGGAAUGCAAGGCAGCAUCACAGCCCUGCUCCCUUCCACAACUGCCCAGGGCUGCCCAGCAGCAUGGAUGCCUCUCCCUCAUUCCUGCAACUCCAGCC